AGAACCCUCACCUCGACUCCAGUUUUCCCCCGAUUUCCAGAACGCUCCCUCCUCACUAUAUAAACGAAAACCGUCCCGCUGGUUUUCGGUAGUUUUGCGAAGCCAGGUCUUGAAUCCCAGCGCGCGAGAAGAAAGCUAACCAACUGCUCUGUACCGUUCCCCUUUCGCUCUUGAUCUCAAAAGCUUGUCUUUGAUCUCAAAAGCUCCACGUCUCGUUAGCCAUGGCGGAUGUACAGAUGGGAGAGAGCGAGACCUUCGCCUUCCAGGCGGAGAUCAACCAGCUUCUCAGUCUUAUCAUCAACACCUUCUACUCCAACAAGGAGAUCUUCCUCCGUGAAAUCAUCAGCAACGCCUCUGAUGCGUUAGAUAAGAUUCGAUAUGAGAGCUUGACGGACAAAAGUAAAUUGGAUGCGCAGUCGGAGCUGUUCAUCCGGUUAGUGCCGGACAAGGUGAACAAGACGCUCACCAUCAUCGAUAGCGGGGUUGGCAUGACCAAAGCUGAUUUGGUGAACAAUCUGGGAACCAUUGCAAGGUCGGGCACCAAGGAGUUCAUGGAGGCGUUGCAAGCUGGAGCUGAUGUUAGCAUGAUCGGACAGUUCGGUGUCGGAUUCUAUUCAUGCUACCUGGUUGCUGAGAAGGUCGUUGUUACCACCAAGCACAAUGAUGAUGAUCCGUACAUUUGGGAGUCUCAGGCUGGUGGUUCCUUCACCGUCACCAGGGAUGUGCACGGUGAGCCACUUGGCAGGGGAACCAAGAUCACACUCUACCUUAAGGAAGAUCAGCUGGAGUACUUGGAGGAGAGGAGGUUGAAGGAUUUGGUGAAGAAGCACUCAGAGUUCAUUAGCUAUCCAAUCUACCUUUGGACUGAGAAGACUACUGAGAAGGAGGUUAGUGAUGAUGAGGAUGAGGACACCAAGAAGGAAGAAGAAGGCGAUGUUGAAGAGGUCGAUGAGGAUAAGGAGAAGAAAUCUAAGAAGAAGAAGGUGAAGGAGGUCACGCAUGAGUGGACCCUCAUCAACAAGCAGAAGCCUAUCUGGCUUCGGAAGCCUGAGGAGGUCACCAAGGAGGAAUAUGCCUCAUUCUACAAGAGCCUGACGAAUGACUGGGAGGACCACCUUGCUGUCAAGCACUUCUCUGUUGAGGGGCAGCUCGAAUUCAAGGCAAUCCUAUUCGUUCCGAGGAGGGCACCUUUCGACCUGUUUGACACCAGGAAGAAGAUGAACAACAUCAGGCUGUAUGUCCGGAGAGUGUUCAUUAUGGACAACUGCGAGGAGCUCAUACCAGAGUAUCUUGGAUUUAUUAAGGGUGUCGUGGAUUCUGAUGACCUUCCUCUCAACAUAUCUCGUGAGAUGCUUCAGCAGAACAAGAUUCUGAAGGUCAUCAGGAAGAACCUGGUGAAGAAGUGCAUUGAGCUGUUCUUUGAGAUUGCUGAGAACAAGGAGGACUACACCAAGUUCUAUGAGGCUUUUUCUAAGAACAUUAAAUUGGGCAUCCAUGAAGACAGCCAGAACAGGGCAAAGCUGGCUGAGCUCCUCCGUUACUACUCGACUAAGAGUGGUGAUGAGAUGACCAGCUUGAAAGACUAUGUCACAAGGAUGAAGGAGGGUCAGAAGGAGAUCUAUUACAUUACUGGAGAGAGCAAGAAGGCUGUCGAGAACUCUCCAUUCCUGGAGAAGUUGAAGAGGAAGGGCUAUGAAGUCCUUUUCAUGGUGGAUGCAAUUGAUGAAUAUGUUGUGACACAAUUGAAGGAGUACGAUGGCAAGAAGCUUGUAUCAGCCACCAAGGAAGGUCUCAAGCUCGAAGAUAGCGAAGAAGAGAAGAAGAAAAAGGAAGAGAAAAAGGCUGCCUUUGAACCACUGUGCAAGGUUAUGAAGGAUAUACUGGGCGACAGGGUCGAGAAAGUGGUGGUGUCUGAGAGGAUUGUUGAUUCUCCUUGCUGUCUGGUGACUGGCGAGUAUGGAUGGACGGCGAACAUGGAGAGAAUUAUGAAGGCCCAGGCACUGAGGGACAGUAGCAUGAGUGCAUACAUGUCGAGCAAGAAGACGAUGGAGAUCAAUCCAGAUAAUGGCAUCAUGGACGAGCUCAGGAAGAGAGCAGAGGCUGAUAAGAACGACAAAUCUGUGAAAGACCUUGUUAUGUUGCUGUAUGAGACUGCAUUGCUGACUUCGGGGUUCAGUCUGGAUGACCCCAACACCUUCGCCGGGAGGAUCCACAGGAUGCUGAAACUUGGUUUGAACAUUGACGAGGAGGAGACUGGUGAGGAUGCUGAAAUGCCUGCCCUCGAAGAGGAUGUCAAUGAGGAGAGCAAGAUGGAAGAAGUGGAUUAAGUUCCAUGGUAGACUAGGGAAUGGAAUCGAAUUGGUGGGUGAGGAAUUCUGCUGAGUGUACAUAUUUGGGUUGUUUGAGUAGCGUGAGUCCCCUUUCGUUGUUCCUCCCUUGGUCCCUCUCAUUUGUGUAGGUCAUACGGGGUGGUCUCUGUUGUUGAGGUUUUUACCUUUAAGCCUAUCUCGUGAAGAGUUUCUGGGUGUCCAUGUUAUUUGGGUCCUCUACUGAAAUACUUUUUUUUUUUUUUUUCUGUUUCCAUUUCAACCUAUUGUGAAUGUGCUUGCUUUGACAUGUUUUAGGUCUCGUUCGCACAAAACUAGGAGGUAAUAAAUUCAGUUGUCAAACGAUUCC